AUCUAUUGUUCGUCUCUGCCUCAUUCUCUCUCCCACCUUUAUUGCUUCGCCCCCAUUCUCUCUCUCAAAUCAGAUUCUCAAGUCUCCGUCUCCAAUCAAAUCCUAGGGCUCAAUCACUCGAUGCCAGCCCUCCCAUUACUGCCAUUGCCAGUUGCCACCAUACCUUCGACCUUCCAAUCUCUGCCUGCGCCGUUAUUUUCUCCCCUCGUCGUUUACAGCCCUGUAAGCGACUCGCUCGCUUCGUAUGUUUGGAUUGAGCUUCCUUUGCGCGGUGAUUCUUCUCUCUGAAUGGACCUGUCGAAUUCUCCAUCAACUCUCUCCCUGGGGUUCCUGUCCCCCGGAUCGAACCAAGUGUCCGAUGAUGCAGUCUCGCUCCAGCUCGACCGGAAGCAGCCAAUCCCUCUUCAAUUGCUCGAGCCGCAGGCCCAAAAACCCGAGAACAAUGGCACCGUGGGCGCAGAGAAUGGAGAGGAUGAGGAUGACGCGGACGUUGAAGAGUUCCGCAUUUUAGGCCACUGCAUCAAACGGAGAAGAACAAGCGAGUCAACGUCUUCUUCCACUAGCUCUGCUAAAAGGAUUUCGGGCGCUGCGGAUAUGGAAGCGAGAAGAGCUGCAAUUAGAUCGUGGGGCAAUGAAUCGAUUAGCGUGGCAGACCCCGAUCUUUUUGAGAUAAUGGGGAGGGAGAAGAACAGGCAAGCGAAGGGAAUUGAAUUGAUUGCCUCGGAGAAUUUCGUGUGUAAAGCAGUAAUGGAAGCACUUGGUAGCCACUUAACAAAUAAGUACUCGGAAGGAUUGCCUGGGGAGCGGUACUAUGGUGGGAAUCAGUACAUCGAUGAGAUUGAAACUCUUUGUCAGGAGCGUGCAUUGGCAGCUUUUAAUUUGGAUUCUGAGAAUUGGGGAGUGAAUGUACAGCCAUACUCAUGCACUUCCGCAAAUUUCGCAGUUUACACGGGACUUUUGCUUCCUGGGGAUCGAAUCAUGGGGUUGGAUACACCGUCAGGUGGUAAUACUAGCCAUGGGUGCUAUAUGCCUGAUGGAAGGAAAGUUUCUGCGGCGUCGAUUUUUUUCGAGAGUAUGCCCUAUAAGGUCAACCCACAGACUGGGUACAUUGAUUUUGAUAAACUUGAGGAAAGAGCAAUUGAUUUUCACCCCAAGAUUCUUAUUUGUGGGGGAAGUUCGUAUCCUCGCGAAUGGGACUAUGGUAGGUUUAGGCAAGUUGCAGACAAGUGCGGUGCAGUAUUGAUGUGUGACAUGGCUCAAGUCAGUGGUCUUGUUGCAGCUAAGGAAUGUGCAAGUCCCUUUGACUACUGUGAUAUUGUUACCUCGACCACUCACAAAAGUCUUCGAGGUCCUAGAGGAGGUAUAAUCUUUUACCGGAAGGGUGCAAAACCAAGGAAAAGUGGAACCCCUUUAUCUCAAGGAAAUGAAAUUGAGUACUACAACUUUGAGGAGAAGAUAAACUUUGCUGUUUUCCCAUCACUCCAGGGAGGUCCACACAAUAACCACAUCGCUGCUCUUGCAAUAGCUCUAAAGCAGGUAGCCACCCCAGUAUAUAAGGCUUAUAUGCAGCAGGUAAAGAAAAAUGCUCAGGCUUUAGCACAUGCUUUACUGAGAAGAAAAUGCAGGCUUGUGACAGGAGGCACGGAUAACCAUUUAUUGCUCUGGGAUCUAAGGCCUCUUGGAUUAACCGGUGGGAACUAUGAGAAAGUCUGUGAGAUGUGUCACAUAACUCUCAAUAAAAUAGCGAUCUUUGAUGAUAAUGGCACCAUUACCCCCGGUGGAGUAAGGAUUGGUACUCCUGCUAUGACAACGAGGGGUUGUCUGGAGAGUGAUUUUGAGAUAAUUGCUGACCAUCUUCUCAAAGCUGCCCAAAUUGCCAGCAAAAUCCAGAGGGGGCAUGGCAAGCUGCAGAAGGCUUUUCUGAAGGGUCUUCAGAACAAUAAGGAGAUUGUUGAGCUUCGAACUCGUAUAGAAGCCUUUGCUAGUCAGUUUGCCAUGCCAGGUUUUGACUUCUGAAUUGUUCUAUGGGUUUGUGGAUGCUAUCUUUCUCCAGCAUCAAGCCAUUCGUAACGUGCAUCGAGUAUUUGGAGGAUUUGGUUGUUUAUAUGUCAAAUUGGUAGGUAGCACAGACAUUAAUGGGUCAAGAUGUUGCUUGUGUCCUUGCGGGAGAGAACAAAACAUCAAUGAGUUAUUUAUUUUUCUGAGAAAGGCAGAGGUGUUCUACCUUGUGCAUGAGAGCAGUGGAGACUUAAAGAUUUAUGUCAGCCAGCUGCGAUUUUUUGGCGGUCUAUGGUCUCUCUUUCCAUGGACUUUACACGAGAGCAGAGGAUAACCAGCUUUACGGUCGAUGCCUCAUAACAUAGUGUCCAUUGCUUAAGAUGGGGAAUGCAUUAUGAAUGAAUUGUUUAUGCCAAGGUUUCCUCCUCUACCUUUAUGCUGCCGCCUUGUUCCUGCCGUAGAGGAACAGUGCAGGUAUUUUUCCUCCUUAUGUAUAUGCUUCCAACGUAUUGAAUAAAUUGAUCGAGUAAGUUGGUAGGAUGAUUCGUGGUUUACUUCUCACAGGAAUUUGGACCCUGUAAAGUCAGUGUGGUAGGGAGCAGGGCUUAUGAGGGCUGGGACCUGGCUUUUUGCCUGGUUUUUGUCUGUACAUUGUGAUUAGCAAGUGUAAACAGAGAAGGUCUGUGCUCAUGACCAAUUGGCGUUGAGAUUUUAGCAUGUUGAAGUGGGUCUUUAUGGUGUCUUUUUAAAGGCAGUGCCAGUUUAUUUAGUUCCUUCGGGCUUGCUCCCGGCAGGAGUUUGUUUUGAGAGAUUCAGUGCAAUCACCUCGAAUAUGACUUUACGAACUUUUU